CAGCGGCUGCUUUGCGCUAUUACAUCAGCAAACUCAGUCUUUCUGUAUCCGGGUCGGCGGAUCAUGAUGGCGGCCACCGCGGACAAAACAGCCGGCAUGAGUAAAAUGCUGCAGUUUAUGAAACUUAUCGGACAAUUGAAAAGGGUGCCGCGGACCGGCUGGGUGUACAGGAAUGUGAAGAAGCCGGAGAGUGUGUCCGACCACAUGUACCGCAUGGCCAUGAUGUCUCUGACCAUCACUGACCCCACAGUGGACAGGGACAGGUGCAUAAAGCUGGCUCUGGUUCACGACAUGGCAGAGUGCAUUGUGGGAGACAUCGCGCCAUCAGAUAACAUCAGCAAAGCAGAGAAACACAGGAGAGAAGAGGAAGCGAUGAAGCAACUAACGAGUCUUCUUCCGGAGGCUCUCAGAGAGGAAAUCUACGCACUGUGGGAAGAAUAUGAAACUCAGAGCAGCGCAGAGGCCCGGCUGGUGAAACAGUUUGACCAGCUGGAGAUGAUCCUGCAGGCGCACGAGUAUGAGGAGAUGGAGGGAACACCAGGAAGACUGCAGGAGUUCUUUGACUCCACAGCCGGUCGUUUCCACCACCCGGACGUUCUCCAGCUGGUCAGCUCUAUGAACAAAGAGCGAGAAAGUCACAUGACCAACACAGAUGGCACAAAGACGUCUGAGCCAUCGCAGGCUGCUGAUUCGGUGCCUGAAAAAGACCACACAACGUCACACGCUUCCUGACUGUAACACGCACACAGUGAACAGGACUUCUCAGGCAGACAGAGAUGCUGGAUUCAGACAAACAGUCUGUACAGGGACGCACAAGCUGUAAUAUUGUUUUUGUUUUUUUUGUCUAAAUCACACCAGUUCAUUGUUUUAGUCAUUGUUUUAUAUGUUUUCAGUUUACACACAUUAUUGCGUAUUUUAAACCAAGACAAAGUUAAAGCAAAGACUGAAGAUUUGAAGUAGCAAAUGACUUUUAAGGAACCGCUACGUUUACAUAUUAUUUAGUAACGCUAUUUCUUGAUCUUGUAUUUGUGACAGCUUGUGUUUUUCGGUUAUUUGAUAUACAUGUACAUCUUUAGUGUUUGAUACUUGAAUGUGAAUCAGGUAUGAAUCUAAAAAAGAUGCGCUCGCACUUGGCUCCUGAAAGUAAACUUAGAGGCUUCAAAACCCAAGUUUGGCAUCACAUUUAUAACUGUGGCGAGGGCUCUCAUCUUAACUAAUUUGGUGCUUUAAACUUUUCACCUGUGCUGGUGUGAUUAGAUCUGUGAUUGGCUGAACAAAUAAGGUGGUGGAGUAGGUCUGAUAUCAGUUAUUGUCAAAGAUUCCUUCAGACUGAUCUCAGUCGUUCUGCAUUUUUAAAUUAGAGAGAAAUUAUCUGCAAACCUUCCACAGUCUCUGAGACUGACUGGCGGAUGCGACUGUUUGCAGACAGCUUGCCUCC